UACGUACUUAUAUAUAUAAACACGCGCCCGCGCGUAUACUUAUCGUCCUUGUCUGCACCGCCGCCGCCGCCGCGGGAAAGAUGAUGGUAGGGCUUAGCGUUAUAUUGGAAAGGCAAAGGGCAAAUUCCGAUCAUCAUCAUCAUCCGUCACCACGUGUGAUCAGCAAAGCCAGCACGUGCCUGCAAGUGAUAAAGUCACCCGGCGGUGACUCACAGCCGUCGUUCUUAGGGUUUCUCGACCGCUGUUUCCUCUGCAACCGAAAACUCUUGUCCGGAGAAGACAUCUACAUGUACAAAGGGGACAAGGCAUUUUGCAGCGUGGAGUGCAGGUACAAGCAGAUUUCUAUGGACGAACAAACAAACAAUUGUACCACCCGAAUAAAUGGUUGUACCAAGGGAUAGCACGCCGACUCUCCUCCGCCUCCGUGUAAAUAACAUGCUUAGUAUUGUUCAUCUAUAUUUGUAUUUUGCAUUUAGACAGUAGUUGAGUAUUAUUUACUGUACAAUAUAACAGUACAUAUAUGUUUUUAUCUUAUACUUUCCUUUGUUA